GACGCAGUGUGGAGUCGGUUUGCUGCCCGGCCGCAGGGGUGGUGGCAGAGGCAGAGUGUCUUGUCUUCAGUGGGUGGGGCGCUCCGAGCGCGGUCCCUUAGCAUGGGUUCGAGCUGCGGCCGCGUCUGCUGGGAGUGGGGGUCUCGCCUCCGCCGCCUCACGGGUUUCAGCAGGCUGCUUUCUACAGCUGCUCUCGCUCCUCAGAUAUGUAUUGUGGGGAGUGGACCUGCUGGGUUUUACACUGCCCAGCACCUCCUGAAGCACCACAGACUGGCCCAGGUGGAUAUUUAUGAGAAGCUGCCAGUUCCCUUCGGCCUUGUUCGUUUUGGAGUGGCACCAGACCACCCUGAAGUCAAAAAUGUAAUCAACACGUUUACGCAGACGGCGCAUUCCGAUCGCUGUUCCUAUUAUGGGAAUGUCACUAUUGGGAAGGACAUGACGGUGAAGGAGCUGCAGCGGGCUUAUCACGCAGUGGUGCUGAGCUAUGGUGCUGAGGAUAACCGGAUCCUUGGAAUCCCAGGGGAGAACCUCUCAGGGGUUUAUUCAGCAAGAGCAUUUGUGGGCUGGUACAAUGGACUGCCUGAGAACAGAGAUCUGAAGCCCGACCUAAGCAGCGAGACAGCCGUGGUCAUGGGGCAGGGGAAUGUGGCUCUGGAUGUUGCCCGAGUUCUGCUGUCUCCACUCGAUAUACUCAGGAAGACUGAUAUAACUGAAGGCUCCUUGGCAGCCAUAGCCUGCAGUAAGGUCAAGCGUGUGUGGCUUGUUGGGAGGAGGGGGCCCCUCCAGGUAGCUUUCACCAUAAAGGAGUUGCGGGAGAUGAUAAACCUGCCCGGUACCAGACCUCUCCUGGACCCCGCUGAUUUUACAGGCCUUGGUGAUGUUAUUAAAGAUGUUCCCAGACCCAGGAAGCGUCUGACCGAGCUGAUGGUCAAAUCAGCCCUGGAGAAACCUGGUGAGAGAGAGGCCAGUCGUUGGGCAUCAGCAACCAAAGAGUGGGGCUUGAAAUUCCGGUGCAGCCCGCUGGAGGUACUGCCCACUGCUGAUGGGAAGCAAGCAAGAGGCAUCCGAAUGGCCGUCACCAGGCUGGAAGGUUCAGGCGAGUCUGCCAGAGCUGUCCCCACUGGAGAAGUGGAGGAGCUUGAAUGUGGGUUGAUCCUCAGCAGCAUUGGCUACCGGAGCCUCCCACUUGACGCUUCAGUACCAUUUGACCCCAAACUGGGGAUCAUCCCCAACAGCCUGGGCAGGGUUCAAGGGGCACCAGGUCUGUACUGCAGUGGCUGGGUGAAGAGGGGACCCACAGGGGUGAUUAUCACCACCAUGAACGAUAGCUUUGACACAGCCCAGUCCGUGCUAGAAGAUCUCCAGUCGGGGUUGCUGAAGCUUUCAAACUCCAAGGAAGGCUUCAAGUCCGUGAGGAGCAUCCUGCAUAGUCGAGGGGUCCAUCCAGUUACCUUCUCAGACUGGGAGAAGAUAGAUGCUGCUGAAGUGGCAAGAGGCAAGCUGGCUGGCAAACCUCGGGAGAAGCUAGUGGAUCCUCGGGAGAUGCUGCAGUUGAUUGGUCACUGAAGAUGCCUAUUCACAGCCCUCUGGGUGCGAGAAAUUGACAGAUCCACCAUGUAUCCCCUGCAUCUCCUCAGCAAGUCCCAUUCGCUGCUGGCUGUGCCUGCCAUGGAGGAUUGGCACAGUCAGAACUGAUUGCUGUUCUUGGAUGCAUGGGAGAAGGUGGGUGGCUCCAGGGGCCUGUGGAGGUGUCCAGUAGUGAGCUGGAACUGACUCUGGAUUCUCAAAGCUGACAUGAGUUUACACAAGGCCAUGUGCUAUUGACUGACUCCAGGUCUUUACAGCCUACAGUCUUGACUCCAGCUACUUUCCCUGCCUGUGUCAGCCCUAUAGGGGGUCACUGCAGUCAUCUGGGAGCUCUCUGUAGUUGGAGUCACUUGGGCAUUAACCGCUUAGUUGGACCGGGUGCCGCUUAGGGUGAGAGGCCCUGGCUCGCUGCUCUCCUCUGCUAGUUCCAAAGAAAUUUUACUGCGCCUUUAAAGCCAGUGAGAGAAAAUGAGUGACAGUCACCUUUCCGUUCACACCAAAAGCCUGAAGCCAAAUGGCUUUAUUUUCUUGUAACCUGUGUCAGAGUCUGAGCAAGUUAUUUUCUCUCUUUAAAUCACCUAUAACUAAGCCCUUUCAGGAAGAGGAAGGUGAAGUUGGAGCUACAUUUUUAAGAGUCCAACCUCUUAAUCUCUGUCUGCAUUAAUUUUAGGGCUGGCUGGCCAGCCUAGGACUGCAGCUAGCCGAAGAGCUGUGCAAAUGCAGGGCACUGCUUCUCAUCCGCUGUCUGUCUGCCAACUUUACUAUGCAGUCCGUGUCAAUAAAUCCUGGAGAGUCCUCAUCUGCUCAGUAACACUUAAUGAUGGAAACCUAGACCAGGCUUAGGUUAUUUUAUUUUUUUAACCUGGGGGUGGGGGGGCAAUUAGUAAAUAUAUAAUUGACUUGUCCCAGAAUAUCCAAAAUCAUCUGUGCAUUAGUAUUUCAGAGGUGCAGCCUGCCCUGAUUGCGACUAGCAGCAACCUCUUGGCCUUUCUGCUUUUUUAUGUAGUCUGUAUGUUUUAAAGAUUAUUAAACGCUCCCCUUUUCCUCUUUGACCAAAUCUAUCAUGUUUUAAAUGAUUCCAGGUUUUACUGCUAGACAGAGAGCCCCUAGAGACUAAUAUCCUCUGUUUCACUACAGAAGAAGUAUAGCGUGGACAGUGUCAGUGCAGACUUCCUCUCUGCUCUGCUAAUGUGCUUUCUCCUUGACCUGUAGGGGCUACUUGAAUGGCUGAGACUCCAUUUAUGUCACAUGUAAACUGUUCAGAUCCGUUUUUUUAUGAUAUCAGCAGAGCCCUCUUGUAAAUGUGUCUCCUGUAGACCAGGCCUCGGGUGUUAGGGGAGUUAAAUCACUGUCCUCAUGCAACUCUUGGUGUCUCUGCUAAAAUUUAUCAUUUGUGGUGCUGUUUUGUUGCAAUGUGGACACCUGUCUGCUGGGAGGUUCCAGAUUGUAUUUCCAUGCUCAGCGUUUGUCCAAUUUUAGACAAGACAGAUCUGGGCCUCAUCUCUUUUUAAAUCUCAUUUGCAAACUCAUUAAGAAACUCAGGAAAUGUGAUGACUGCUGGAAACAUGUAUGCAAAUUAGCAAUAAAGCUUGUUGAACAGCU